UUUUAGUGCGCAUGUGCCCCAAAAUGAGAAUGUUGAGCAAAACAGAAUAGAAAAAAAGCACUGGCAUUAUUUAUUGAAAGUUGCUAGCUAAUUCUCUCACCUCGCAAUAUUAGCUAGCUAACAUUUUAAAAUCAAAAUUGUAAAACAUGACGGAGCCUCAGGCAGCACUGUUACUCAGGAGACAGCUGGCAGAGCUGAAUAAGAACCCAGUGGAAGGAUUCUCAGCAGGCUUGAUAGACGAUAAUGACCUCUACAGAUGGGAAGUCUUAAUCAUCGGCCCACCAGACACAUGCUAUGAAGGCGGUGUGUUUAAAGCACAUCUCACGUUUCCCAAGGACUACCCUCUCAGGCCACCUAAAAUGAAAUUUAUCACAGAUUUAUGGCACCCUAAUGUUGACAAGAACGGGGACGUUUGUAUAUCUAUUUUGCACGAGCCUGGUGAAGAUAAGUAUGGCUAUGAGAAGCCUGAGGAGCGCUGGCUGCCCAUCCACACAGUGGAAACCAUUAUGAUUAGUGUUAUUUCCAUGUUGGCGGACCCUAACGGAGACUCGCCUGCCAAUGUAGACGCUGCAAAAGAGUGGAGGGAAGACCGACAUGGGGAAUUCAAAAGGAAAGUGGCCCGUUGUGUAAGAAAGAGCCAAGAGACUGCCUUUGAGUGAUUAUUUAUCAAGCGGCAUCUUGCUUCACUUUUUCAGGGUCUCCAAUUGAGAAACAACAUAGCAAUGUUUUCCUGCACUCUACCACCCUAUUGCAUCGCUGGUCUUCAUUGACUGUCAGAAACCGUCUGGCAACAAUAGGCUGCAAUAGAACAUAACAGCUGUUACCAGAUCCUGACUGAAAACCGCCAAGCAAGUGCCAACAACAAAGCAAAAGAUGAAUAACCAAGUUUUUUUUUUUAAGUCUAUGAACUGUAUUUCAGGAAGAUAUUGUAAAGACCUGUAUAUAGCACAGACAUAAAACUGGAUAAUAUAUCAAUUGUCCCUAUCCCAUCCAGCAAGACACUUAGUACCAAAUAAAUAGCGUUUCUGUAGGUAGAAUCUGAGUCCUAUAGAUUUGUAUGUUUUUAUUCCACUUCUUCAACAUCUGCUCUAGUGUGCAUGAGUUCAGUUCUGUUACAGGUUGUUUGACGGACAGGAGGCCUUGUAGGGAGCAGAAUGGUAAGAAUGCAAUGCUGUUGUAGAAUCCCUCUAUUGGAGGAGAGCUGCUUUGGUUCUAGAAUGACCGAAAUAUCAGGCCGGAUUUGCAUUUAUGGCAGAUGGACAUAAGGGUGCAUUACACAUACUGUAGCUUGCUUGUCAUGUUGGGUUCAUUCACCUCAGCACUUCAGGAAAAGUUGCUGUAAGUCAACAUUUAACAUAUGAUGUUAAGUUCAGGUGUGUUUCUUCAGAGAUGGACAUAACCAUUACAAGUCAUGCAUGCACAAAUUGAAGUCAUACGUGUAUGUUUUUCAUUAGUAUUUUUUUCCAAAAAGUGCCUCCUAUUAAAUUGCUUGGCAAUUGCCCCCUGUAUUGAACCAGAGUUUCAGAAAAAUAUGAGAAAUUUCUUAACACCCUGUAAGUUUGUACAACAUCAGCACAAUGUGUAAUUCAAAUAUUGGUUAAAUUUGGUUUAGCAAUAACUUUACCCUCUGUGUGGUGAACCGUCUUAUUUAUAUAAAAAAAAAAAAAUCUGAUUAGGGUGAUGUGGAGACCUAUUUCUCCUGUAUUCACCAUGAUAAAGGAGAUGAAUUGUGUUGUCCUAGGUAAGGAUUUGUUAUGCAUGCUUUUAACUUGAGGUUUUCUUGCUGGUAGUUUUGGGGUUUUGAUUUAAAAUGUGUGAAAGAGUGUGUGCCCGUGCCCUUUUUUCUUUACCCUCUAUUCCCCUGAUCCUUGAUUUUCCCAUGGUUUAUUAUUUUAUUCUGUCUGAUGGACUAUUGCAGUUUACUUGCCUAAUGUACAAAGACAAAAUACUGAUGUAUAUUUUCUGUGUUAUGUAGUGAGUUCUUCUAAAAUAAGAUCUAUGUUCCCAAUAAUUGCUGGUGUUUUUUCUUUUUAAUGAAAUUCAUAUCUGCAGUGUUUUGUCAUAGAAUCAGGCAUGAUUGAUACACACAUUAUCUUCUUUCCUAGCAUGUCAUUACCUGGUCCUGACCAAAGCUCCCUGCCUUUUAUCAUGUGGUGUCUGACCCCUAGGUGAAACAUAUCAUGUACUUGUCAUGCAACACAUUACGCUAGAUUUAACAAGUGUUAGUGAUAGGAUACUGUCAUUUGGCACAAAGGUGAGAAUAUUAUAUGGGUCAAGUGUAUUCUGUGUACAGUAGUGCCCCAUAUUCAGAAGAAAGCCAUGUAACAACAUUACACCAAGUGAGGUGUUGGUGCUUUGAUUGCCACAGAUUUAUGCCGCGUUCAAGAAUACUCUGAAAUUACUGACUUGGAAACUCAUGGAAAAAUGUGUUCAGAAUCAAUCAAUAGGAAGCUCUAUGUAAAAAAAAAAAAGUACAUUUUAACUGAGUUUCUGAGUUGUCUUGCAAUAUCCCUAUCUCCUGUGAACAAUUGGCCAGGCAGAGAUCUUUGGAGAGCAGAUUUGUCUAUUUUUGGAUGGGUUUCAGAGAGCUGUGCCAAGAACAGGCUCCAGUCUAGACUUGGCAAGGACCUGCAAAUGUCUCCCCCUCUGCAACCAACCAUGUAUUAUUACGAAGAUCAUUUAUAACAUGUACCAGUCAAAAGUUUGGACACCUAUUCAUUCAAUGGAACUCCUUCAAGACUGCUGGAAAAGCAUUCCUCCUGAAUCUGGUUGAGAGAAUACCAAGAGUGCUGUCAUCAAGGCAAAGGGUGGCUACUUUGAAGAAUCUAAAAUCUAUUUUGAUUUGUAAAACACUUUUUUUGGUUACUACAUGAUUCCAUAAGUGUUAUGUCAUAGUUGUCUUUACUUAUUCUACAAUGUAGAAAAUAGUACAAAUAAAAAUCCUGGAAUGAG